AUGGCUAGCCACAUAAUCGGAAACCGCAAUAGCACCCCGGAAGCCUCCAAGUCCUCGCUUCGUCCGCCUUCGUCGUCUCGAAACCUGGCUACUCACCAGCUUCGGGCAUCCGCCGACAUGUCGGGGUUCCCUUCCCCUCUCUCGUCUCGCAGCAUUCGCCCUGCAUCCGAGGUGUACUUCAACCAGCAGGCUCAGACGCCUAGCAACACCGAUGACCCCCUCGAUCGGGCAGCACAACAGUGGCUGGCGGACAUUGACCAGUAUGAGACCACACUGGAGGAAAUGGCUGCGGCCACGCUGGACCAGGACUUUAAGGAUGAGCUUAGUGCCAUCGAGCAAUGGUUUCGUGUGCUGAGUGAAGCGGAGCGUACCGCAGCUCUGUACGCUCUGCUGCAGCAGACCACCCAGGUGCAGAUUCGUUUCUUCAUCCAGGUUCUGCAGCAGAUGGCUAAAAGCCACCCCAUGUCGGGUCUGCUUUCUCCUGCCAACUUUGGAGAAAAAGAUGCCAUGUCCAACCGUCUGAAUGAUGCCAUGUCAAAGCUUAAUGUGGAUACCUCUCGCAACUCUCUCGGUCGUCCUCCACCCUCGCCUGGUGCCAAACGCAAUUCUGGCCUCGAUUCGUCUACGAUAAAUGCCAUGUUCCCUGAUGCAGCUGCUGCCAUUGCAAAGAAAAAGGCCGAGUUUACCCAGCAGACUGGAAACGCUCCCCCGUCGAACAGGAACAGUGCUGUCUUUGGUGACCGCACUUCGUUUGUCGCGCCUACUAUCUCCGCUCCUGACAACAGUUCGGACAAUCUGUCCCAGCCACCUGUGUCGCCUUGGGCUCAACGCGGUGCGUCAGAGCCUCAGCCACCGAUUGCUCGGCCCAAGUCCUCGUCAGGCCAGCAGCCUAUGGGUCAAUUCAGCCAAUCUGGCCUGCGUUCUCCCCUUCCCACUUCGCAGACCGCGACGAUCCCUGCCCCCGAAAUUGAGGCGCCGCUGCUGUCGCCGUAUAAUGUUGGAAAUGCCAGCUGGGCUUCCAUGACCAACACACCCAUGACGGCAACAUUCGGUCACCAGCUUGGAGGCCCCCACCAACACGCCUCUCAAGCUGACAUGGUGGCCAAUGCCACCGCGAUGAAGCUCGCUGCGCUUUCGACGGUGAACAACCGCAUUGCGCUGGACGAUGCUCGCAAGUAUCGUCGGGCUCGGUCGAAUGACGGCCAAGGAAAGAACACCGCGGGCAAUCCUUCAAUUCCACACGGUGGGUUGGCCAGCCCUGGUCUUCCACCUGGCGCCAAUCAUCUCGUCGCUGGGCAGCUUUUGAAUGCCCAACAACUCGCUGCCCUUCAGGCACAGCAGCAAGCCGCAAUGGCAGGUCGUCGAUCUCGACCGACAUCACCCGGCAUUGCCAUGCAAGGCGGAGCACUGGGACCCAUGGCAUUCACCUCGCCUCAGAAUAACGGGUUCUUGGCUGCCUAUGAUCCAAACAAUCCCCUCAUGGGCAACGGCCUUGGUGCGCUCAGCAUCGGACAAUUCGGCCUCGGGGGUCACGAGGGCUAUCUCUCAGACCACUCGGAGGUCGCUCGUGGGCGCUCUCCGCGCGGUCGUCGUGGCAGCUCGAAACCCCCAGAGGAUCCUACCGACCCGGCCCUCCUCAAGGAUAUCCCCAGCUGGCUGCGAUCGUUGCGAUUGCACAAGUACACUGAUCACCUCAAGGACCUGAAGUGGAGUGAAUUGGUUGAACUCAGUGACAAGCAAUUAGAGGAGCGUGGUGUCAAUGCACUUGGAGCUAGGAACAAGAUGCUCAAGGUCUUUGAGCAGGUUAGGGAAGCCAAAGCCGAGGGCAAACUCGACAACGUCGCAUGA